UUUAUUUUACUUCUUAUACAUUUAAUUUAAAGGACCAUAUCGUUAAAUCAUGACUACUCAAAUCAGUGCACUCACUAACUAAAGAAAACCCAGAAGAAGCUGAUGCAAAAACGGAUCUCCCCCUUCUUAGCAAAGUGGUUUCUCCCACUUGCUUCAAUGGUGGACGUUCCAUGCUUUCUGUUUACAUCAAUGCUUCGUAGUUGUACAGUGUUCCAGUUAGAGGCAGCAGGCAUCCAAGGUAUCAUGACUUGAAAUCAAAGCAGCUAAAUAAGUGGUGACCACAAAGCUGUACCAAUAAGGCCUGAUUAAAGGGAUACAUACACCCAGGCCAUUACAGAGAGAGAGCUGUAAUGGCUUACUCGCAGAUCCGACUGAAAAUUCUCCCCAGCGUUCGAUGUCUCUUUGAUAAACUGGUGCAGGUACGAGUAGAGGGACUCACUCCUCACAAACAAGUCCAACUGAGGUCCAGACUAGUUGAUGACAGAGGGCGGGUUUUCAAGGCUUCUGCCCUGUACAAAGCAAAUGAAACAGGCCAGGUGGAUGUCUGCCGUGCACCCUCUCUGGGAGGCAGUUACACCGGAGUGGAGCCCAUGGGCUUGUUUUGGGCCAUGGCACCGGAGAUUCCACACAGUAAACUCCUGAAGAAGAAUGUGCUCAGCCCAACACUUGUGGAGAUCGAGGCGAUGAGUGCAGAGACUGGUGAGCUGUUAGCCUCUGAAACCAACGAGAGAGGAUACAUGACAGAGGGGAUGAAGAGAAUACCUGUGCAAGAGGGAAGGAUACGAGGAGUCCUCUUCAUACCACCAGGUGAGGGUCCAUUCCCAGGAAUAGUGGAUUUGUACAUAUUUGGUGGACGUCUCACAGAGCCCAGAGCCAGCCUGUUGGCAAAUAAAGGGUUUGUUGUUCUUGCGCUGGCCUAUAUGGGCUAUGAGGAUUUACCAAAAAACCCUAAAAAGUUGGAUUUGGAGUACUUUGACGAGGCUGUGACAUAUCUGAGGAGACAGCCAGAGGUUAAAGGUCCGGGGAUCGGCAUCAUAUCGAUCUCUCACAGUGGCGGUUUGGCUCUGUCCAUGUCCUCUUUCCUCUCUGGGAUCUCAGCCACCGUCUGCAUUAAUGGCUGCAACGCAAAUACUGCGAUUCCUUUACACUACAAAGACCUCAUUAUACCACCACUUACCCCUGUCCUGAAGAAUAUUACAUUCACAGACUCUGGGCUUUUAUAUGUACGUAAUGGCUUACCUGACCCUUCUUUGGAAAAGAACAGGGCGUCACAGUUUCCAAUUGAACGUGCCAGCUGCCACUUCCUGUUUGCUGUUUCUGAAGACGACCACAACUGGAACAGUGUUUUAUUUGCCAACCAGGCUGCUGCUACGCUAAGAAGUCAUGGCAAAGAGUCUUUUCAGGUUGUUACAUACCCUAAAGCUGGACACUUUUUGGAAGUCCCUUACAUGCCUCAUUGACCCUCUGGGUUUCAUGCAGCCGUAGGGAGCGAGGUGGCGUUUGGUGGGGAGCCAAAAGCCCACUCAGAGGCUCAGCUCGAUCUGUGGGAACGAGUCCAGCAGUUCUUCAAGAGCCACUUGGACAACAAGAGUAGGCCUACUUGCUAGCUAGCAAUGCUGAAUCAAGUGUAUCAAGCAUGCCAGAAGGGCUGUCGUUAGUAACACUUAACACUGCCUUCUGUUUCUAAUGAAUGACAUUUUCAAAGGUGUACUUAAUGAUACUUAACGAGUACCAGCACGGAAGGUAAGCAAUGUAAUGCAUUGGCCAACGGCAGCAGCAAAACACAUUUUAUUAUACCUAAAAUAAUUACCCACCAUAAGAUGUAUUAUGAUUUUCAGCGUAUACUAUAUUUAGAAUAUUUUCACUGCUUUUCAUUGUCGUCAGACAGCUCUCCGCUACAAGGAACUAAAGCCUCUAUAUCCAUCUUUGAUGAUAAUAAUAAUAAUAAUAAUAAUCUAUAGUCUCUUUAAAGCCAUCUGACCUUGACAAGUAAUUUGACCUUGUUGGUAUUUUAAAAGGUAAGUUUGGAUUCACCAAAGUCACACAAUAUAAUUAACACAGUCAUCGAAAUCAAGGCAGCGAUAAACCAGCAACUCCACUGUCCUGCAAGGUAAAAUAACUUGUUGAGUAAGUCAUGGUUUUUCCCUGUACCUGCUCCCCCUGGGCGCUAUCAUUAAGAAAUAGGGUGUCUCAUUUCAUUUUUAUGCAGAUGACUCGCAAAUCUACAUGCCCCUGAAAAUAAAUGACCCAAACCCUCAGCAACGCCUGUCUGACUGUCUGCAGGACAUCAGAGCCUGGAUGGCCUUGAACUUUUUAAAAUUCAAUGAAAAAAAGACAGGUCAUAAUAUUUGGACCCAGUGGUGGCCCCAAUGCCCGGCCUGUGCUGGAUUCUCUUGUCCCAUAUGUGAAACCCAUUGUCACAAACCUGGGUGUACGGAUUGAUCGUGAUUUUAAACUAGACAAACAGAUUAACUCUGUGGUCAAAUCCAGCUUCUUUCAGCUAAGACUUUUAGCAAAGGUCAAGCCUUUCCUUUCUUUUAAUGACUUUGAGAAGGUAAUACAUUGUUUUAUAUCCACUAAACUGGAUUACUGCAAUGCUCUGUAUAUUGGAGUAACCAAGGCUUCCUUGUCACGCCUACAGCUGGUCCAGAAUGCUGCUGCGCGCCUCCUUACAAGGACAGGCAGGCGUGAACAUAUUACGCCUGUACUCGCCUCUUUACAUUGGCUACCAGUCUGUUUUAGAAUCCAAAUUAAAAUGUUACUGUUCGCAUCCAAGGCCCUAAACGGUUUAGCCCCACCGUACCUGGCAGAUCUUUUAAAACCAUACACACCAACACGGUCACUGAGGUCUGCUGACAGACUCCUUCUGGUAGUCCCUAAAUCAAGGUUGAAGCAGCGAGGAGACGGAGCCUUUGCUGUUGUAGCUCCAAAGUUAUGGAACGAAUUGCCCCUCCAGGUUAGACUUGCUCCAACUCUGCCUGUUUUUAAAUCUCGUUUAAAAACCCACUUCUUUUCCCUGGCAUUUACAGACCAGGUGACACUUGUGCUUUUACAUUUGGGUUUUUAUAUUACUAGUGUUUUGUAUUGUUUUUACGUCAUGUAGGAACGUUUCUCAGUCUGUGGCUUCUGAUCUGGUUUCAGUGUCUCGUGUUUUACAUUUGUUUCAUGUCCUGUCUGUUUUUAUGUAUUUAUACUAUGUUUUUAUACAGUUGUUGAUGUACAGCACUUUGUUCAACUCUGUUGUUUUUAAAUGUGCUAUAGAAAUAAAAUGGAUUGGAUUGGAUCAAAAGCACAUAGGCUUCAGUUUUCCAUUGAAAAGGAAGAGUCAAGGAAGGGCAGUUGAGGCCUAAAUUAUUAGCCCC